AAAGAUUCACAGCAGAAUGAUGUAUUAAGUAUGUAAGAUAUUAACUACAAGAUGUCUCUUUGUACAAAUAAAUUUAAUUCGAUAGAAUUUGAAGAUGGAUUACAAGUGAUACCAGAUAACUGGAUACAAAAGGAAAAUAAUGAAUGUUUAUAUCCAAAUUAUAAAACAGAUAAAGAUAUAGAUGCAGCGAUUAGAACACGACAAACACCUCAAGAUAAUUGGUUAUUAUAUCCAAUUAAACGAAUCUUUGGUACAUAUGAGUCUUACAAUGAAGCACGCAAUAAACUAAAAAAGGCUGAGAUAGAUUCUGAUAUUACGGAUACUGACAAAGCACAAAGAAAAAUUAAAGCCAGGAAAGUGAUUAGUUCCGAUGAUGAUAUUGACGAUGAUGAUGAUGAUGAUGAUGAUCAUGAAAACAAUUGUCAAACUCGUUUACCAUCAUAUCCAAAAGCGCCUAAGGUUUAUAGGAAUACCAAACAUGUACAAAAAGAACAUAGUAAACACUGUGUGUCAAAUAAUCGAUCAUCACUAAAUGCUUCGACUUCUCAUAAAUCAAUGUUUGCAAAACAAGCAGAACACGAUGAUAUCGAUACAUGUAAUCGAACAAUAAUGAAUGAUAUUGCCAGCAAUCGUAUUAUUCCUGCAGAAAGUUCUGCCAUCAUGCGAGAAGAUUAUGUGGAAUUGAAAAAUAAAGAAUACAUUGCAAUUAAAAAUUAUUUUCAACGUAUUGAGAGAAUGUUGAUAGAAAUAAAAUUUGACAUUAAUUGUCUAACUGAACAAUAUCAACAUAUAAAUAAUAAAUGUUUCUCAAAUGAGGCACAAGAGCGUCAUAAUUCUACACCAACUGAUGAAUUAAGUGAGUUGUCCUUCCCUCUGAAAACUAUAGAAGAAGUCGAGUCACUAGAACGCAUUCUUACUUCAAACGGAGAAGGAAUAAAAGAGCAUAUGUUUAACAUAUUAGCAAUGAUUGGUGGGAGCUAGCUAUGAAGAAAUAUCAAAAAGGAUGCUUCUUUAUGUUUUUACGAAUGAAGUAGCUAGUAUGUACAGUUGGGUAGGAGGUAAAGGAAAACGGAAACUUCAUAAUUUCGAAAUAAUGAAAUUAAUGUUUAAAGUUGUCAGGAAGACAUUCCCUAAUGUUACAGAAAAGAAUUUUGAAAUUAAAUGCAAAGAUUGGUUCCGACACGCGAAACACAGAGCUGGAAACGAAAAACGACGGCAAAGUUCAACAAAGUAAAGUCGUCAGCUACAUUUCUCAACUACAGUUCGCAGCUACAGAAUUCUCAGUGUUCAGAUUAAUUAAUCUUUAAUAUAAAAAAUAUUUUAUGUUAUAAUGUUAAUUGAGAGUCUAUGUUUUUAUAUUAAUUAUAGAUAUAGUUGCAACUGUAUUUUUGUAUUACUAC